AAAAAACAAAAAAGAUCUAAAAAACCAAAAUAUAUAAGUUAAAAUUUAAAAGCAACAACUACAUUGUUGUUGCUGUUAAAUAUUUAUAACCAAAAAAAAAGAGCAAACAAACAACAACAAUAAUAAGCCAUCAAAUAAUAAUCUUGACGUAAUCGCCGCAAAAAUAUUUAACGACGUCGCCAAAACGUCGACAAACGCGACAAAAGAUAAACGAAACAAUUCAACAACAACAACAAAAAAUAUAGCAACAAUAAUAAAAUUAUACGAGUACGUAGAUAAAUACGAGUACAAAACAUUCAAAAACCCAUCACCAAACCGAUUGGCGGUAUAAAAUUACGUUGAGAGGAAUAAAGUUUGUAGAGCCGAUCAAAGUGGAAUAAAUAAAAAAAUAAAAUUAUACAGAAAUGAUCAGUAAGCCUUAUCUACAUACAAACGUACACAUAUGCAUAUGUUUUCUAUAGAUUUAAACAACAUUCAAACUGGAUAAAUUAAAACAUUACGUCAUUAUUUGGACCUCAACAGUAGGAACAAAACCACCGCUGUUAAGAAAAUCUAGACAAAAUCACCACCGAUUACGUCCCCGUUCAAUUAAAUUCGAGCCAGUUUAAUUUAAAGUGUAGUUCGCUGUUUGGUGUAGGCUCGCGUGUAAACACGCAUUUAAUUACAGCCUUAAAUCAAAUUUCAGCUUAAAUAACAAACAAAAAAACACACAAACAACAUACUCUGGCAGAAACACGUUGAUCAACAGAGAAAUAAGUAAGAAACACUUGGAUCGCUGAAAGACACGACGAAGAGUUGUUGGUUAGUAGUCUAACUGAUACUGAAGUGUUGUCUCUAACAGCUAGAAAAUAUCCAAACUGAAGCAAUUGUCGGAAGACGUGACGGUGCUGUUGAAGAUCGAAAAAAUGGACAGCAUCGUAGAGGAGAAUGGCAACUCCUCAAAUAAUAUUGAUGAUACAAAUACAUCAGGAACUGGUGGCGGAGGUGUGGGCCAUAAUUUAACUAUAACAGCGUCACAACAAAAUCCCCAGCAACAUCCAUCCCAACAACAGCAACAACCUGCAGCGGUACAAUCGACACAACAACAAAUAAAUUUAACAAAUUCAAAUAGCCAAAAUAUAGCGCCUCCACCACAAAACCAGAUUCCCGUACCAGCCUCAGUAGCUGCUGCUGUAGCCGCUGGUACCGUUUUAACCACCACCUCAAAUGUUGUACAAUAUUUAUCCAAUAAUCCACAUGGUCUGCCGGUGCAAUCCGUCAUACAAGCAGCCAAUCAAUCUUCGGUCAUUCAAACUGCUGCCGGUAAUAAUACACAGACACCUGUUGCCAUACCCAAGGGUCUUUUAUAUGUUAAUAAACCAAAUACCACUGUUAUACACACAACAUCAGGCAAUGCUGUCCAACUUCCUCCACAUUUUCAAUGCAAGAUAAAACCAGAACCGAACACACACCACCUCGACACAAACAGUGAAGAUAGUUUUACUGAUGAGGACUCUCCUCGCGGCCGAAGAGAACUUACACGACGACCUUCGUACAAUAAAAUCUAUUCGGAAAUAAGUGGUCCCGAUAUAUCAGCUGGAACGAAUAUGCAAAUGUCAGAAAGUGUUGGUUUACCCGCCUUGGCACCUAAUUCGGCAGGACCUACAGCUGGUUCCCUAAUACAUUUACAGCCAGAGAACACGCCAGCAUUUUAUUUACCCAAUAGAAUGCCAUACAAUCCUAACAACAAUGUCAUUGCCGAGGAUCAGACGAGAAAACGUGAAAUACGCCUGCAGAAGAAUCGGGAAGCGGCCCGUGAGUGUCGUCGAAAAAAGAAGGAAUACAUCAAGUGCCUGGAGAAUCGUGUGGCGGUGCUGGAAAACCAAAAUAAGGCUCUGAUCGAAGAGUUGAAAUCGCUCAAAGAGCUCUAUUGUCAAACCAAAAAUGAUUGAGAAAAACCUC